CCCCAGGAUGCUCCGCCAAGGCCCUGGCUACCCGGGACUGGGCUGCUGGGACCUGGGGCUGAACCGAGCCCAGAGGACGGCGGGGCGUCACAAAGACGGCGCGGUGUUGAGCCCCUGGCUGAGCCGCCAAGCCAGGGUAGGGCGCGGCCCCCGCCCCGGGUGCUUGCAGUCGGCUUCGGCGCUCGCCUGCCUGCAGCCCAGACGGGGCGCAGCCCAAGCGAGCAAGCGAGCGAGGAGAGCCAGAAACAGAAAACACAAGACUGCUUUCCUGUCCUCAAUUUUGGAAGCCCUGCUUACCACGCAGCCGUACUGUGCCUCUCGAGUCUUCGAUGGAUGAAGAAAGUGAACUGAUCCAGGCUCAAGACCAGAGCUUCUGGGCCGCUCUGCCUGAUGUGUGCCUGCGCCGUAUUUUCUGGUGGCUGGGAGACAGAGACAGAUCCAAGGCAGCCCUGGUAUGCAGGAAGUGGAACCAGAUGAUGUAUUCAGCUGAUCUCUGGCGAUACAGGACCAUCACCUUCAGCGGGAGACCUUCCAGGGUGCAUGCAUCAGAAUUUGAGUCGGCUCUUUGGUAUGUUAAGAAAUUCGGUCGUUAUUUGGAAUGUUUGGAGAUCAAGUUUCUGAACCCUUACAAUGCUGUCUUGACCAAGAAGUUCCAGGUCACCAUGCGAGGUCUUCUCUCAUGCCUGGGCAGAAGUAACAACCGUCUGAAGUCGCUUUCCAUACAGCACCUGGAGCUGGAUCGCCUGGUCUGGAGGAACAGCAUCAGGAACUCGCUCAUUAAAAGCUUGAGCUUCUUCUUAAAGAAAAUGGGCAGGUAUCUGGACUCCCUCAGCCUGAAGGGGGCCAGGCUGACUGUGGAACAGGGCUGCCAGGUGCUGAACUCCCUUAGCUACCUACGGAAUGAGAGCCCCGCCUCAGAUCUUAACAUCGAAGAUUACUUCAGCCACCACCUGACUGUCUACAGCAGCCUGCAGUUCAGGAGGACCAUGGCCACAUUCCACAGCCUGGCCUCCUUGACACUCAACUACAACUGCAUUUCUGAUGAGCUGCUCGAGAACUUGGCUGAGAACAAUGCCAGCACCCUCCGGACCAUGAACAUCAAAUGUCACUUUCAUGACCCCCACGGCCAGGUCAUCUGGGGUAUGUCCUGGGCCAAGCUGGCCAAGCAGGCCAGCAGCCUGAAGGUGAACUUCUUCUUCGAGCGGGUCAUGAAAUACGAGCGCUUGGUCCGCAUCCUCCUGCAGGAGAUCCCCAUGAGGAGCAUAAGUCUGAGGAGCUGCUAUUUCAGUGACCCAGACUGGUCCAUGAGACCCACUCUGACGGACCUCCUCCCCACCUUCCGGCACACCCUGCAGAAAUUAACUUUUGAGUUCAACAACAACCAUGAGUCACUGGAUGAAGAGCUGCACCUGCUCAUCCUCUCCUGCAGGAAGCUGUUUUACUUCAAAAUCUGGGCUUUCCUUGAUGUUAAGUUUGUGGAGCGCAUCCUGAAGAGCCAGGAGGAGGGACAGUGUGCCCUGCGCACACUCAAGGUGAGGAUUUAUACAAACAGAUAUGAGACUAACGAAGAAGACAGGACCUUGCGGGAAAUUCACAGGAAGUACAAAGACCUGAUCGACUCAGGGAUUAACUAUUUUGUCAUCGCCUACCCCAUGAUGUAACGAGCCUCUCUGGAAGAAGGAAGCCAGGAGCACUUCAAACUUGAAAACCCACUUCUUGGAGGACCAUAGUUAGGGUACUUCCACCCCACCCUUCCUUUCUUUCUCCUUUUGCCCUUUCUACACCAACAUGAACAGCGGGGCAGAGGCUGGGACAACUGCUUAUGUGAAGGCUCCAGAUGACUUUAAAGUGCUAUCUUUACCAACUAUCCAGGGGUGAUUUCGCCUUUUGUUGUUUGGUUUUGAUUUUUUUAUGCCCUUGUUUAGACAAUGAACAAAAUGCCCAAACUGCUCAAAAUCUUUUUCUACUGGGGGAGCCUGACUCUUGGUCAGCUAUGCCCCCGAAAAGGUGUAUGACCAGUCAGUGAGUAAACAAUCUACUGACCAAUAUCACCAGUUCAGAAAUCCUACGUGCAGUGUGGUCUUCAUGUGAAAACCUCCUGACAACGACAUUGGCUAGGCCUGAUCUCACACAGGUGGGAAUCCACAGCCUGCCCUUGGCUGAAGCAGGAAAUUCUCCACUUUCAAAAGGAGCCUGCUCAGAGCUGGAGCUCCCUCGCCCAGAAGGAACUCCGAUCCUGAUUCAUCCAUCCUGAGACUUGGAGCUCCUCCUCUGGCUUUGCUUUAGAUUCCCAUCAGGCCGCAUGAUGCCUAGCCUACUGUGAACACUCAGCUAUGGGGCUGACCCGGAAGUGGUCAGUACACUCACAGUUGUGACGAAUUGGUCACACCAUGGGGAAGUGGUUCUAAGGCAACGCUCAGUAAAAAGGCCACGCAACACGCUGUUUAGUAAGACACUGAUCCUGUAAGAUAUAUCUAAGGAUUUUUCUAAAGUAAAGCAGAGAGAUACCAUAAAUGUUAAAAAGUAUACAGUGGAGGGGUAAAAUUAUUUGUUUUUAUUGAAUUUUUUUGUUUUUCCAUAUUUGUCAUCUUAACAAUCAGAUAUUGUUUUUAUAAUUAGGAAAAGUCCCGUAUGUUCUAAGUAAUGAGUGAUCAUAAAUCCCUGGUGUCAUACACAUAUGUUGAAGAUUUUUGUUCAUAUAAUCCCAUAUUGUUCUCUCUUUCGAUAGAUAUAAAAUAAUAAAAUAUCAGGCUACUUCAA